CACGAAGUCCUAUUCAUUCAGUAAAACACGUUUCCGAGCUGCAUCAAGGAUUUUUCCGCAGUUUUCAUUCGAUUCAGUAAAACUAACGGGAACGGAGACCGAUACAGGCAACAAUAUGGAACGGGUAAUCAAAAAUGAGGAUAAAGUCCUCGGACUCGUCUGUCUACUUGAAUAACGGCAACGAUCCCCAACGCGACCUACUCAACUCUCCGAAACGUCUAAACACCAUCCAGAACAGCAGAAUAACUCCAGCAACCCGUCCCACGUCCUUUCUUCAUCAGCUCAAUAACGUGAACUCGAAAACUCCACAGAUCAUCCUCCCAGACGAUAAUUCCGCGACCACCAGAAUUGGCAAUCGUACUACCGCCGGUUUUCUGGGGGAUGAUCAAGAAAACGCGACGGCCGUCCUAACCGAGGUCCUGGACAAACGCAUUUUGCGAUGGUACAGCGACCAUCAGGGCAGAAUUGGAAACAAUACGGCUCAAGAGAGAACAAACAACAUCAACAAUCUGCAACGUCAACGGCAACUCAAUAUAAAUAACAACGUGCUGGAUACCACCACCCCCAUCGAUGAUUACGUCGCACCCUCGUCCAUUUGUUCCGAAUCACCCGACGACAGUUUCAUAGAUUACGAAGAACACCAACACUACUCUUCGUCCCCUCUGGAGGAUAUAAGUCCGAAAGAAAGGGAAAUAGAUGAAGAAGAUGACGAAGAGGACGAAGAUGCUUCAGCAUCCGAGUCGUUUACGGGAAGUAAUUUAAGUGUCCAAGCGGAUGUGCAACUUCAACGUGGCGGCAUUGUGAAUCCGAAUUAUCCGGGCUUUCAAGAUUUCGCAAUCGACCUAGAUUUCUACAGCAAAACUAUUUCGGAUACCGAUCUAGUCGAGUACGAAACAAUCGACGUCGCUGAUAACAAUACAGAAACAAUAGAACAUCAGUCACUUGUUAACAAUAACAACGUCGAAGACAAAGACAAAUCCAUUGACGAAAUUGCAAAUUUAAAUUGCUUGGACACAAACGAAAGCUUGCCGAAGGUUUUUUACGAAAAGGAAAUUUUUAACAUUCCUCCGGAAGAGAAUUCCAGAAUAAAGUCGAAAACUGACAGUGAUUUUCAAGAAGAAAACACUCAACAUGCUUCCAAAGUAGAUGAUUCUUUAUUGAACCAAGUGACAGAACCUGAAAGAGAUUGUACAGCUCUCAUACGUUCAGAAACUUUUAUAUGCGACAAAAAAGCUUUAGUAGAAGAACUCUCCGAAGGUUUAUCAAAACCAUUAGGGGAUUAUUUAGAAUCUGUUAAAAAUACCGAUCUCGAACUUAAAGAGGCUGCAGAAAAACUGCAAAUUUCUGAUAAUCUCAAACCAUCGGCCACGGUCUACCGCAUUGAACCGAACAUCAACGAACCUUUUUCUAAGAGUAUUUCUAAUCAGUCUACCACCAUGGCUACCAUGUCUAUGAUGAGACAAUCGAAUGACGAGCAUUUCACCCAAGAUGCGAAGUCCAAAGAUGGAACAUUGAAACGAAACACGAUGGAGUUCAUCCCCAACAAAGUGACCAUUAGCGAUUCUUACAAAACCAAGCUGGCUGACGCUUUUUUGUCAGGGACAGGGGAUAAAAUUCCUCAAGCUCCUGAUUUCAGUAAUCCCCUCCCAGAUUAUAAUGCCAACAAUAACGAAACUGUUAUGGAAGUCGAUAUACCGUGGAUUAAGAAAGGAUUGGAUUUACGAUGCGGAAACUAUCCAACCUUUGUAAAUGAAGAACGAGAAAUGUAUAAAAAGGAGGAGCAGGUGUUUCAAUUAGGAAUAAAUAGUAAAGGGACAAAAUUUGGAAACGAACUCUAUAGUAAAUUACAUCAAAAGAACGACGAACCCGUCAUUCCCAGAAAGAAAGAAAAGGUCGAAAUGGCGAAGAAAAUAAAAAGAGACCAUAAUCAACAGUUUGGAAGUCUGAUUACGGUUUCCAAACGAGAUAAUCCCGGGAAAUCGCGGGAAAAUUUAAAUAGAAGGUCGACACCUGUCAGUAGAGAAAGAAAGAAAGUUGCCACUGAAAAUCUGGGCAACUUCGACGUUUACAAUAUCGAAACUGCAAUGCCCACGAUAGAUUUAGAAGCUAUUGAAUCACACCUGAAAGCAGCUAGAGAGGAAGAAAGAAGGAGAAGAACAGAUAGAGAAGAAAUAAGGAGAAGGUUAGCCAUGGGUGCUGAAGAAGACUAUUUCAGUGAUCGGCCAGGCAAAAAACCGAGUUUGCAAGCUCGACUACAAAGUGGCAUGAAUUUACAAAUUUGUUUUAUGAAUGAAAAUGUGUCUGACACGGAAAGCCCCAAUUCUGACUCAGAAAACCCUGUGACAAAUUCUAAGGAACAUAAGAAAAGCCCUCAGCUUAAAGGGCCUUCAACAAUGCUCUCUAAUAAUAAUUCAUCACAAGCAGUGAGACCAGCCACAUUGGCAAUAACUGAAUCUCAAACAUUAGCAUCACCUGCAUCACAAGAGUCCGAAAGUGAAGGUGAUUUUUUUACAAGACAAGCAAAAUUACAGACUGAAGCUCGCAUGGCACUUGCUCAAGCCAAAGAAAUGGCCCGAAUGCAAAUGGAGUUGGAAAGACAACACCAAGUUAAAAGUCCAAUAACUGAAAUGGUUAGAAAUAGUUUAGAAAAAGUGGGGAUUCCCUUUCCUGAAGAGAAACGAAGACUUUCCCGACAAAUACUCACUGAAAUGAAUAUUGCCCAGUUGCAAGUAAUUGUUAAUGAUCUGCACACCCAAAUUGAAACGCUCAAUGAAACUUUGGUCAAAUUUCUAAUGGAAAGGGAUGAUCUUCACAUGGAGCAAGAUUCAAUGCUUGUGGACAUUGAAGAUCUUACACGAUAUUUGGGUGCAAAGGAACAAACAUUAAAAGAGCAAAACGGACUUCUGGGCAGUCAAGGGAGUCGGGGUGCGUCACCACCGUCCCCUGCACCACCGUCACCUCCCCGCUCGCCCUUGGCCGCCUUAAAUAGUGUCAAACCUCAUCUACACCGGAUAGCCAGUUUCGUAAAGAAGUAAUAAUAAAUACAAAAAGAUGAUGUUACAAAUGGCUAUUCUUCAAUCGAGAUUCGUACUUAAAGUCCACGUCUAAAUACGCUUCUCUAAAUUAUCUGUAAAUAUUCCUGUGUACAUUAUUUAAUAAUUUAGAAGAUUUACCCUUAUUAUAGUUGACGCAGACGCAAAAAAUACGUGGAUUUGAAUCUCCAAAAGAAAAAUUAACAAUUUCAUAAAUGAAACGAACUGUUGAAGGCUUAAUAAUUACUGAUACUGUAAUUAUUUCUUUAGAUAUACUUUUUGAUAUAUUUUUACCAUGUACGAUACAGUUUUUGUGCCUGCGCUCUCUGCAAUUUUAGUUUCUUUUUUUCUUUUCAACAGGCUAGUUAAUCUAGCGUUUAAAUGGUUUGUUAUUAUUAUUAUUAUUUAUUAUAUUGCAUCGUUGCAUAUCAAAAGGAAAUAGACAUUUAACGGUAAAAUUGCCGGAAAUGUCGAAACUGUUUGUAUUUUAAAAGCAAGUAAAUGUUUCCAUUUUCUCGUGAAUUCUAAAGAUAGAAAUUUUCAGUAAUUAUAGCCCUUAUUACAUUAUACUGAAUAUACAGGGUGUAGGUCGAUAUUGUGAAUUAGUACGUUGAUCUCUUAAGCGUCACACUUUUGACCAUCCUGUAUAUUUGUUUGUAUUUUUCAACUGUAGGAAUGAAUGCAUCAAAAAUAUUCUUGUAAAUAAGUCCUAAUUAUGUAGUAAAAGAAUUAAAAAUUGCAAUAGGCACUUAACUGUUUGUGAUGUUAUAUAACAUCCCACUUUUUUAAAUCCGACUUUUUAAUGUAAUAAAAAUAAUAACUGACCUUGACUUAUCUUAAGAAAUUGGUUUUUAAGAGGAAAUUGUAAAAUUCCCUGUUUCCAAUUACUCAAUUAUUCAAUAUUAGCAAUAUCUACAUAUACAUUUGACUGCAUUUACAAUUAGUAAUUUAAAUAUUGUUAUAUACCGUAGUUUUUUAUGUCAUUUGUAACUGUAGAUAAAAGAAUACUAAGCGCAUAAAUUUGUAGUUCAAUUUCAUAGUUAAGUAAUUGGAAACAUUGUUUUCACAUUAUUAUUGAAAUAUCCCUAAUUAAAACAGGUUAAAAGCGAGAACUAGUUUCGCAUUUUUCAUCAUACAUGCUUAGGCUUGUAUAGACAACUUGAAAAAGUUCUCAAAUAUUUAAUUUAACUCUUGUAUGUUUCACGUCACCGACAUUCCAAUUAAAAAUUAUACUGUAAAAAUAGAAUGAUUUCUAUCGAAUAGGUACGUAAAUAUGUUUGCUGGCUUUUUUCAAUCUGAAGCAGUUUCAGAAUUGACUAUAUUUCGUUACUUCAACGAAAGUGAAAAGUUUGUAUUACUCUAAGUUUAUAUUUAAUUUCUUUCUGUUUGUGCCAUGUUGUGUAUACUUAAAUAAAUAAAGCUGUAGAAAUGUA